UGGAAAGACACAGAUUGACAGACUUGGUUAGCAAGGAACAGGGUGGAAGUUAGCAGAGGGCAGUCAGUAUUAUCAGGGGACUGGUCCAGCUCAGACUCUCACUAUGCUCGCCACUGUGGGCUCCCUGUUGGCUAAAAUAUGGUCAGCAAUCAAUUUCUGGACUUUGUUGCUCACUCUUCUCACCUUCCUGCUCUUGGCUGACUACCUCAAAAACAGGCGCCCCAACAACUACCCUCCAGGGCCCUGGCGCCUUCCAUUUGUGGGUAACUUGUUCCAGUUUGAUUUAAAUAUAUCACAUCUGCAUUUGAGGAUCCAGCAGUUUGUGAAGAAAUAUGGAAACCUAAUUAGCCUUGAUUUUGGCAACAUCUCAGUAGUGGUCAUAACUGGACUGCCCUUAAUCAAAGAAGCUCUCAUCAACAAUGAACAAAACUUUUUAAAACGCCCCAUUGUACCUAGCAGGUACCGUGUCUUUAAAGAUAAUGGAAUUUUUUUUGCUAAUGUCCAUAAAUGGAAGGAGCAAAGAAGAUUUGCACUGACAAUGCUCAAGAAUUUUGGAUUAGGGAAGAAGAGCUUAGAGCAAUGCAUACAGGAAGAGGCCCACCAUCUUGUGGAGGUCAUAGGAGAAGAGAAAGGACAGCCAUUUGACCCUCACUUCAGGAUCAACAAUGCAGUUUCCAAUAUCAUUUGCUCCAUCACCUUUGGGGAGCGCUUUGAGUAUGAUGACAGUCAGUUUCAAGAGCUGCUGAAGUUAGCAGAUGAGGUCAUAUGUUCUGAGGCAUCAAUGACAUCAGUGCUCUACAAUGUCUUUCCACUCAUAUUUAAAUAUCUUCCUGGACCACAUCAAACAGUUUUUAAAAACUGGGAGAAACUGAAAUCGAUUGUUGCAAAUAUGAUAGACCGUCACAGAAAAGACUGGAAUCCUGAUGAGCCGAGAGACUUCGUUGAUGCUUUCCUGACAGAAAUGACAAAGUACCCAGACAAGACUACUACAAGUUUCAAUGAAGAAAAUCUCAUCGCUACCACUCUGGACCUCUUCUUUGCUGGAACAGAGACAACAUCCACAACAUUGCGCUGGGCUCUGCUCUACAUUACGCUCAACCCAGAAGUACAAGAAAAAGUACAUUCUGAGAUUGAUAGAGUGAUUGGCCAUGGGAGGCUGCCAAGUACAGAUGACCAAGAUGCCAUGCCCUACACCAAUGCUGUCAUCCAUGAGGUUCUGAGGAUGGGCAACAUCAUCCCCUUGAAUGUUCCCAGGGAAGUGACAGCUGAUAGCACAUUGGCUGGAUUCCACCUGCCUAAGGGCAAAAUGAUCCUGACCAAUUUGACUGCUCUGCACAGGGACCCCAAAGAGUGGGCCACCCCAGACACCUUCAAUCCAGAACAUUUUUUGGAGAAUGGACAGUUUAAGAAGAGAGACUCUUUUCUGCCUUUCUCAGUGGGAAAGAGAGCGUGCCCAGGAGAAAAACUGGCCAAGUCCGAGCUGUUCAUUUUCUUCACUGCUCUUAUGCAAAACUUUACCUUCAAGGCCCCAACCAAUGAGAAGCUGAGCCUGAAGUUGAGAAAGGGCCUCUCCCUUUACCCAGUCAGCUACCGCAUCUGUGCUGUACCUAGAUAGUGAAAGAGAAAAGAGAACAGGGAGAUAUGCUGCAUGCUCUGAAGUUUCUGGGCCUUGCUCACAAGAAAAGAAAAAGAUGUCACAGAAUGAAGGUAAUUCAAGAACUAUUAAAGAAAUUUGGCUUAGAAAAUUGAAUCUAAUUUUUGGAAUGCUAGUCCUUUAAUUUGGUAUUCAGCAAAUCACUUAUAAGCAUAACUUUCCAUCUAAAAUUUCAAGGACAAUUAUGGUUCUUCCUAUGAAGAAAAUGAAUUGCAUUUAAUUAAAAUGAAUUAAAACUUAAAAAUCAAAAUUGUAAUUAUAUUAAUUAUAAAUUGAACAUGCUAAUUUCUUCAGGAAUUAUAUCUCUAGUGGUAUGCUGUCAGUUUGCCUCCUUCCUCCUUUUAUACACUUGUAUUUAUUUCUGGCUCAUUGAAAUGGUAGCUUAAAGUGAUGCAAAGAGAGAAUUAGAAUCCAAACUGAGAGCUUCUCAUUGCACCCACAGAAAUGGUCAUGAAACCUCUCAAGUAUGAUAGCACUGACCCUAAUUUAUAGAGUUCUGUUUCCAAGUGUUUCUGCAGACCAGCAGAACAGGGAUGUUUUCUAAUUCAAUGGCAGACAAAGCAAGUGGCAUAAAAUCAAUUGCCUUCUUUGUUUUAAUUUUCACUGGCUUCUUGUGAAUUUCACAUUAUGUACCCCUUUCCCUCUCACUUCUCCCUCAUAUUAUAUCCACUCUUCAUCUUUGCAACCUCCCUCUGAGAAUAAAACAUAUUCUUGU